AGAAGCUCGAUGUCGAUCGCCCACGUGUAAUGUUUUAUUCAUAAUACUUUUUUAAAUCGGUUGUUUCAGUGCACAAUGAAGGAGGAAACGAACGACGACCCAGAACAGGGACAGUGGAACAAGGCAUUCGUUUUGGACGAAAGGGAAAAAAGAAAGACGUCUUCUGAAAAACCAAGGGAGUCUCAGCUCUCCAGGUGUUCAGAGAUCACGAAGGAACCGAUAGAUAAAUAUACAUGGAACAACAGUAUCGAGUUUUUGAUGUCCUGCAUCGCUAUGUCCAUCGGUUUUGGAAAUAUUUGGAGAUUUCCAUUCAUUGCCUACGACAACGGUGGUGGAGCGUUCCUCAUCCCCUAUAUCAUUGUUCUUUUCCUCGUUGGAAAACCUUUUUAUUAUUUAGAAAUGGUACUCGGUCAGUUUUCUUCAUCUUCAUCGAUCAGAGUUUGGAAACUGUCUCCUGCUUUCGUUGGUGUUGGCUGGUCUCAGUUUUAUUCCAAUAUCGCAGUGAUGACAUAUUAUAGCUCAUUGUUGGCUCUGUCACUGAUCUACCUCGUCAGCUCCUUUUCUGCUGAACUACCUUGGGCCAAAUGCAGAGAAGAAUGGGGUGAUUCUUGCGUUGAUUCCGGUAGAAAGAUCAGCGAUAAAAAUGACACCAUGUUUACAAAUUUUAGGAUUGACGAUCAACGCAGAAGUUCAGCAGAACUGUUUUUCUUGAAAGUGAUACUUCAAGAGAAAGACAAUAUCGACGAUGGAAUCGGAUUGCCCGAUUGGAAAUUGACCUUGUGUCUUAUUUUCAGCUGGUUAUCUGUGGUUCUCAUCACGUUCAAGGGUGUGAAAAGUUCGGGGAAAGCUUCUUAUUUUCUCGCAAUUUUCCCUUAUAUCAUUUUGAUCAGUCUUUUAAUCAGAGCAGUCACCCUUGAUGGGGCACUGAAUGGUAUUCUGUUUUUCAUUACUCCAAAAUGGUCCAUGCUUUUGAAGCCAACUGUGUGGUACGCGGCUGUAACGCAAUGUUUCUUCUCCCUUUCUGUUUGUUUUGGUGCUAUUAUCACUUACUCCAGUCACAAUGACUUCAAACACAAUGUUUAUAGAGACGCUAUGAUUGUGACCAGUCUUGAUACCCUGACCAGUUUAAUAGCAGGGUGCACGAUCUUUGGAAUCCUCGGUAAUCUAGCUCAUGAAAUGGACGUUGAAGACAUUGGUACAGUAGUGAAAUCUGGAGCUGCUCUAGCAUUUAUUUCAUAUCCGGAUGCGAUAGCCAAAUUUGGAUGGCUGCCACAGUUAUUUUCAGUGCUGUUUUUCGUAAUGAUGUUUGUACUGGGAGUGGGAAGCGUCGUUGGAAUGGUUUCUGCAGUAGUUGUUGCUCUGAAAGAAAAGUUACCGAAUGAAAAAUUAUGGAAAGUUGUCGUUUCAGUUUGUUCAGUUGGAUUUCUUAUUAGUACAGUAUUCGUGACUCCGGGUGGACAAUUCUUGUUAACAUUGGUUGAUUACUAUGACACAUCAUUUGUUGUGUUUGUCUUGGCAUCCUUUGAAAUGACUGCUGUCACUUGGGUAUAUGGUAUAGAAAAUUUACUGGACGAUAUAGAAUUUAUGUUGAAUAGAAAAAUGAGCUGUUACUGGAGGAUCUGUUGGUUUAUUGUGACACCAUUAAUUUUGAUAUGUAUUUUCUUCUAUACCGUCGCGACCUUGUCUCCCUUGACUUAUGGUGACAAGCUGCUUCCGGUUUGGGCUCAUGCAAUUGGAAUAGCUAUACUCUGCUUCAGCGUCUCACAAAUACCUUUCUGGAUGAUUGUACGGAUGUACAAAAAUAGAGAUCUAUCAAUUUUACUGAAUUUGAAGAAAUCUUUUCUUCCAUCUCCGAAAUGGGGUCCCAGAGAAAUUAAGUACAAGAACGAUUGGCUUCGUUUCAAAGAAGAAAAAGCAAAGGAGAGGAGUCUCCGAACUGGUCCCAAGUGGCUCCAAUUAGUCCACGUCUUGAUCGGUAAAAACAAGGGGAAGAUAAUCAGAGACUGAAUAUAACGAAUCUCUUUUUAGAGAAGUACUGUCGAUACUUCAAACUACACUUUAAUACCUGUCGAUUUUUAUCAUUAAAAUAAAAUAACAAUUCAAUAUUUAUUCAA